CACAGCCUCCAUGAAUCAGAGGACCAAUCAAAACUUACGUACCUUACAUUCUGCUUAAUACUAUAACAUCAUCCCUUUCUCGCAGUGUUUUCCGAAGCGCACCACUAAACGACAACAGCUGCGCGCGUUCAGCGCCUCCCGAACUUGGAGAAGUAAUUCAGCGUCGUUUUCACUCGCCACUCGCUACUCGACCACGUGCGGUGAUGGCCUCUGUCCAUAGCACCGUCGCUCCCCGCGCCUUCUUGCCGUCGAUUUCCAAGCCCAAGCUGAAGGCUCCUCACACCAAAUCCUUCGCCGGUGCCGGCGCGCACGAUUUUCCUAGAUUUUCUCGGAGCCGCAUUUUCUCGGGAAACAAUCGCGCGGUGGCGGCAAGCGCGGCGGGGGAGGAGUUCGACGUGAUAUCGGUGCAGAGCAACGAUAUUACGGACCAGCAGGAGGGAGUGUUGGUGAGUCGCGUCGAGAUUGAUGGCGCUGACGGCGAAUUGGUGACUCAGGUGAACGGAUUCGGAGCCAAUGAUGGUUUGUUGUCGUUGGAAGGAUUUUCUUCUUCCUCUGCGCCCUCUUCUUCGGCCUUGGUUGGGAGUGAGAGCGAGGAGGACGAGGAGAAGCUGAUUGAUAGAACCAUCAACGCUACGAUUGUGCUUGCCGCUGGUACUUUCGCCGUCACCAAGCUUCUCACCAUUGAUAGUGAUUACUGGCAUGGAUGGACGCUCUAUGAGAUACUAAGAUAUGCACCUCAGCACAACUGGUCUGCUUAUGAGGAAGCUCUUAAGACAAAUCCUGUUCUUGCCAAGAUGAUGAUUAGUGGGAUUGUUUACUCUGUUGGGGACUGGAUUGCACAGUGCUUUGAAGGAAAACCUCUGUUUGAGUUUGACCGGGCCCGGAUGUUCAGAUCUGGGAUUGUUGGUUUUACUCUUCAUGGUUCUCUUUCUCAUUACUAUUACCAUUUUUGCGAGGACCUAUUUCCCUACAAAGAAUGGUGGGUGGUUCCUGCUAAAGUUGUCUUUGAUCAAACUGCUUGGUCAGCAGUUUGGAACAGCAUAUAUUAUACAGUUGUUGCAAUACUACGUCUUGAUCCGCCUAUCAGUAUUUUAAAUGAAUUGAAGGCUACGUUCUUUCCCAUGUUGACGGCAGGUUGGAAGCUGUGGCCAUUUGCACAUCUCAUAACCUAUGGUGUGAUACCAGUUGAGCAAAGACUUCUUUGGGUGGAUACCGUAGAGCUUGUUUGGGUGACCAUACUUUCAACAUUUUCAAAUGAAAAAUCAGAAGCAAAAAGCUCCGAGUCUAUGAUUCCUACAGAAGUGAUAUCCACCACAUCUGUUCAUCCUCCUGAGGAGUAAAGAGCAUAGACAUGAUCAGAAGCUGUGGGAGAAAAAUGGCCUUGCUCAGUCAGAUUUUGCCCUUGAUUGAUACAGACAUAGAUAUAUAACGCGGAACGUGAAAAAGCUAAUUGUAUACGUGUAAAUGCUGCAUCUCUCGGAAAUUCAUGUAUGUUAGGUAACAUCAACCUUCCUGUAAACAUUACAAUGUAAUUGUUGGUAAAUUUUGAGUAAAUAAUUUAAUGUUCAAACA